GGUUGCAUCCAACAUGUCAGCGCCCGCCGUCUCCCUCCUCACCACUAUGUAAGUGUUUAGAGUCGUAAUUUGUCUCUAGUUAGUGGUCGACCUCGGAGUGUUUUAAUGACUCGCGACUGGCUACAAUAAGAGCUUCAAAAUGUUGACGUCUUUCGCCUGCUCGUGCGUGCGGAACGGGAGGAAAGUGUCGACCCCCGCCACCAGGUUGUCCCUGAGAACACUCGCUCUGACGGGCACGCAGGAUUUUUCGCGACCCCUGUCGUCCAGACCCCUCCGUCCCGACGCCGCGACCCCCCGGCAGCCACCCCGGGGACUGGCAUCCAGGUCCGUGUCCCUGUCGGCGUCCUCCCGGGCGGAGUCGCAGUCCAGGGACUCUCAUGACUGGGACACGUUCGGCUCGCUGUCCGCGGACCUUUCAUCCAGGAGGUCGUUCAAGAAAGCCAGCCCUUACUUCCGAGACCUGGAUGGAGACCCCGAAGGAGAGGAGAGCAAGGAGGAGCCCCUUCAAGCUCCGAGGAGGCUCCGGAGGACAAACACUCCUUACUGGUAUUUCCUACAGUGCAAGAAGCUGAUCCGAGAAAACAAGCUGCAGGAGGCUCUGGAUCUGUUCAGCAGAGACAUGCUGCAAGGAGAGAGGCUGCAGCCGGAGGAGUUCAACUACACCGUCCUGAUAGGAGGCUGUGGCCGGGCCGGACAGCUCCAGAAGGCCUUCAAACUCUACAACGAUUUGAAGAAGCGAGGUCUGGAGGCCUCUGACGCCACCUACACGGCGCUCUUUAACGCCUGUGCAGAGUCGCCGUCCAAACCAGCUGGCCUCCAGCAGGCUCUGAAGUUGGAGCAGGAACUGCGUCGCAAAAACUAUCCCCUCAGCACCAUCACGUACCACGCUCUCCUCAAGGCUCACGCCAUCACCAACCACCUGCAGGCCUGCCUCCACACGCUCAGGGAAAUGCUGCAGAACGGACAUGUCGUCACUCAGGAGACUUUUCACUAUCUGCUGAUGGGCUGCUUGAAGGAAAAGGAAACGGGGUUCAGACUGGCCUUGCAGGUGUGGCGGCAGAUGCUGCAUUCAGGGAUUAUUCCAGACUCGCAGAACUACGACUUGCUCCUGAGAACAGCCCGGGACUGUGGGAUCGGUGAUCCCGCUCUGGCCUCCAGCAUUCUGCUGACGACAGACCGUCAGAGUCGGAGACGGAGGAGAGAAGUGUCGGCCUCCAAAGCCCCGCUGGACAUCGACCUUCUGGAGAAGCAGCUGUUUUUUCAGCCUGGUCCACACAGUGAGAGUCAGCAGGACACCGGACAACACUCCACUGAUUUGAUGCCAGUCAGUAAAACGGGGAGCACCCCUCCAUCUGUUUACGUACCCGGCGCCACAGCUCCUAGCCUGCUGGAUGUUUUUGAGGGGAAGAGCGGUGCUGUGGUCUCCCUCGGGACCGUAGCCGAUGCGUCGAAUCGACUCGCCCUCAUCGGUGGAGCGGAAGGUUUGCUAGAGAAGAUGACGACUGAUGGAGUCAGCCCAGGCCUCCGAACUCUGACCCUGCUGGCCGACAUGGCGGAGCCGGGCCGCCAGUCUCUGCAGGGGUUGUUGAAAGUUGCCAAACAGCACCGAGUAAAACUUGAUGUUGGGUUUUUUAACUCAGCCAUUCGCAGGGCCGCCAAAGCAAGCGACCACGAGGCGGCUAAGGCUGUGCUGAGUGUGAUGCGCGAGCGCAACGUGAGCGUGGACGUGCGAACAUUUGGGUGCCUCGCGUUGUCCUGUGACCAGCAGAAGGACGGCCUUCAGCUUCUGGACGACAUGAAGGAGGCGGGGCUACGGCCGAAUGCCCACGUGUUCUCUGCUCUGAUUGGCCGAGCAGCUCGGCGGCUGGAUUACGCCUACCUGAAAACGAUCCUCCAAACCAUGAGAAACAUGGAUGUGUGGCCUAAUGAGGUUAUCAUCAAACAGCUGGAGUUUGCUGCGCAGUAUCCUCCCGACUACAACAAGUACAAGUCCAGAAACAACUACCUGGUCCACAUCGACGGUUUCCGUGGUUACUACCAGCAGUGGCUCAGACAGAUGCCCGCUCAGAGUACCGACGGUGAGACAGAGGAGCCUCAGCCUCAGAGCGACGCUGCCCCAAUGAAGACAGAAGCUGUGGACGGGCUGACGGAGGCACAGAGGAACCAGAGAGCAGCCGCAAGGAGAUUUUACUCUCGUAACCCAGACAAGAAGAGGAAUGCGGCGUCCACUCUGUAACAACUUUGAUAAAACUGCACUGAUGGUCUGUGAAGAUCCCGGUGUUGGUCCUGUGAACUCUUGACAGCUUUCUGUUCUCAAAACUUUUAUAUUGUAAUAUACAUUACAUAGAAAUAAAAUUGAAGCUCAUCACAUGAUUCAGUAUAUUUUCACUUUCACAACAUCAACCUGCUUCAUCCCUCCGUCCCAUCUGGACAACUGUAAUUCCCUUCUGUCUGGUCUCCCUUUCAAAUACAUUCACACUCCAUCUGACCGAAAAUGCUGCUCCCUGGCUCAUCACCAGAACUCCUUCCAUCCAUCUCAUAACCUCUGCUGGCUGCCAGUGCA